AUGGGCAAGAAGGGCCAUUCUCGUACUUUCGCUCCUGUUGUUGACCUGACGUGGACCGGGAAUCCAAAUUUAGAUUUCACCCGACAAGAUCUCCUAGCUGCCCAGGUCAUCAAUAUGGGCGUGCGGUCGUAUCAAUCGCCGGCAUUUGAACUCCAACCGCAUAAUUUCCCUCCUCCUGCAUUGGAACAUCCACCUUCAAAAUCCAAGCUUUUGCCGAUCUCACAGCUCGCAAAAAAGGUUGCCGUAAAUUCGAGCAGAGUCUUGCUGUUCCCGCCGCAAAAAUGUGAUCUUUCGUCCGAUUUCGCAGGCAUUCGCUACUCGACGCAGCCUGGGAAACCCUACUGGAUAACCUCGAUCGCUCACGCUCACGGCGACGCCAUCUCGAUCACCUCCUCGAUCCCCAAGGCCAGCUUCCCGGUGAAGUUCGAGGACCUGUACGGCUUCACGGCGGAGGGCAACAUCGACGACGCCAACGUGCUGAACGAGGUGAGGGAGAGGGUGCGGCGGCAGGACCGGAUCUGGUGGGAGCUGGAGGCGAGCAAAGGGGUGAACUGGUACCUGUUCCAGCCCCAGAUCUCGUGGAGCGCCGACGGCAUUAGGGUUUCUUCGCUGGGGCUCUCCAAGCUCGCCAACGCCAUCACCCUGAACAGGCUCAUCAGGAAGGGGAUACCGCCAGGGCUGCGUCCCAACUUGUGGCUUUGGGUCUCCGGCGCCGCCAAGAAGCGCUCCACCGUGCCGGAGAGCUACUACGAUGACCUGAUCAGGGCGACGCAGGGGAAGGUCACACCGGCCACACGACAAAUCGAUCACGAUCUUCCAAGAACAUUUCCUAAUCAUCCAUGGCUGGACAGCCUCGAAGGUCAGGCAUCUCUUCGCCGGGUUCUUGUCGGGUACUCUUUCAGAGAUUCGGAUGUUGGUUAUUGCCAGGGUCUGAAUUAUGUGGCUGCCCUGCUGCUUCUAGUGAUGAACACUGAGGAGGAUGCCUUUUGGAUGCUCGCUGUCCUCCUCGAAAAUGUCCUUGUUCGCGACUGCUACACCGGCAACCUUUCGGGCUGCCAUGUCGAGCAACGGGUUUUCAGAGAUCUUCUAGCAAAGAAAUGCCCUAGGAUUUCUGUUCAUUUGAAUGCUAUCGGGUUCGAUGUCUCGCUUGUGGCCACUGAGUGGUUCCUAUGCCUCUUCGCGAAGAGAUUACCUUCGGAGACGACUUUGCGGGUAUGGGAUGUUCUAUUCAAGGAGGGUGCCAAGGUUCUUUUCCAUGUCGCAUUGGCUAUCUUUAAGAUGAACGAAGAAGAAAUAUUAAAUGCAAACCAAAUCGGAGAAGUCAUUCAUAUUCUGCAAAGAACCAUCCAUCAUUUGUAUGACCCUGACGAAUUGCUUAGGGUUGCUUUCGACAAAAUUGGUUCUAUGACUACUAACACAAUCACAAAGGAAAGGAAGAAACAAGAGCCGGCGGUCAUGGCUGAGCUUCACCAAAGGCUGCGGCGACUCAAUAUGUUGAAGACAAAUCAAUAGUUACCUAUUUUUUUUGCAAAUGUGGAGAUGGUACAACAAAGAUCUAUCCCAAUUUGCAAAGACCAAAAGAGUUC